AUGGCAGGCUUCUCGGCGACGCUGCGUGAGCAGUUCACAGCCAUGCAGCAAGCUAUGGCACCCGUUCGGCUCAGCAAGACCGACUUAUUUUGGCUGUCUUUGCGGAAGGCCCGGCAUGAUAUUGCCCUUCUGCUGUCUGAUCCGUCUCCUAAAGCGACAUACACCGUGUUCGCUGGAGUGGCUCUGUUGAUUGCGCUUCUGGUAGAUCAAAUCAGGGCUCGGCAGUCUUCACUCCAGAGACUGGGCAUGCCGCUCGUCAAAGCGCCGAAGGGGUCCAAGAAGUUCGACUACAAGGCCAUCCUCGACGCAGGAGCAGUGUCGUACCCAGGCCAGCCCUUUAUCGUGAGCUACUCCGGCUUCGAGCUGGUUGUCUUCCCAAACUCCACGUGGGAUGAGAUCAAGCGCCUACCCGUGACAAAGGCUUCGACUCUCGAGUACUUUACUCAUGCCUUCUUCCAAGGCUGGCGCUUCUUGGGUAGCGACACGAGUGCUGUGCACAAGACGAUUGGCAUUGAUGUCACACGCUCUCUCCCGACACGGGUGGGAGCCCAACAAGACAGCGCAGCCCGUGCUUGCGAGAAGGCGCUGGGCACCUCCAAGGACUGGAAAUCCUCACGCAUGUACUGGACUAUGCAGGAUAUCAUCUCGACCACGAAUGCAGCAGGCCUCGUGGGCGAACAGUUGGGAACCAACCCUCGCUGGAACAGGGCGGUCCAGAGUUUUGUGCUGGCCAUAGUGUUCGCGAUCGCCACUGUCAGUCUACCGCCUCGCUUUCUCCGGCCAUUCGUUACCUUAUUUGUCUUCUUGCCGGCUUGGGGCAUCUACUGGUAUAUGAGAUGGCUACUACUACCGAUGGUCAACGAAGAUAUGAGUCAAUAUGACCCGUCAAGUGAAGGGAAGAAGGAGGUCCUUGCCACGCCAGACCAGAAGUUCCCAAUCACAGCAUGGCUUCUGAACAGAUACGCGGCAAACGAGCGCACGCUGCAGAAUGUUGGCCACGAUUACGUGGUCGCGUCUUUCGAAUCGACUUCGGCAACUUCGGCGACCUUCUACUUCAUCAUCGCUGAAAUUAUUCAAAGACCGGAGGUGGUGGAAGAGCUGCGCGAGGAAUUAUCCCGGGUCAUGGUGGAUGGUCGCCUGCCGCAGACACAGCUCUCGGAACUGGAAAAGAUGGACAGCUUCAUACGCGAGUGUUCCCGAUGGAAUCCUUUCGGCCACAUGGCUCUAUUCAGACGCCUAAUGGCACCUGUGAAGCUCUCGAGCGGCCCUGAACUCCCGGCUGGCACACUCAUAGCGGUUGAUGUCCACAACGUGCCGAGGUCGCAGGAACUGUGGGAAGACUCGGAAGAGUUUGACCCGUGGCGUUUCUUGAAGUUGCGAAAGCUGCCAGGGCGCCAGAACCGACACCAGUUCACGAGUCUCGGCCAAGAUAGCCCAGGAUGGGGUGACGGGCCACAGGCUUGCCCGGGGCGAGCUUUCGCGGCAGCUACUCUGAAAGUGACUUUGGCACACAUAUUACUGAACUACGACCUCCGCUUGCCUCCUGGUGGUAGGAAGCCGGGUAGACAUUCGAUGCCUAAUGGGUCGAUGCGGCCGGAUAUGUUUGUGAAGAUCCAAUAUCGGAAGCGGCCAUGA